UCUAAAAUCUAAAUUCUAAAUAAAAUUCAAAAUUCCAUUAGUGUUUAAAGAUAUGUAAAUUAGAUUCGACAAACGUCUGAAGAAACCCCUAGUUACAAAAAUUUCCUGUUCGUGAAUUUUUAGAGUGCGUGAUUUAUUUUGAUAAAAUAAAAGUUGGGCGACUUGUUCAACGAGCACAAACGGGUGGAACAAUCAGAACAACACACACGCAUCGGAAUUGAAUAACGCAUAUCCUUAAAAAGUGUUUUAACUAAACGAAACAAUGUCCAAAACCUACUUCUGUUUAAAAAUAGUUUCGCUAUCGCUCUUCUGUGUUCUAAGCAUUUAUUUGUUUGUGUUUGCAUUCGACUACGAUAUUCAGUAUGAUUUGAUGAAGACAUACAUUCAGUUUAAGGAUCCGAUGCCCGCCGUUGACAUAUGGAUGAAUUCACCGUUUGGCAAGCUCGAGAUCUACCUCUUCAAUGUGACGAAUUCUGAGGAGUUUCUCGGCGGAUGCCAUAAAAAAAUUCGCCUAGAGCAGAUUGGUCCCAUAACUUACAAUGUCAUUGGCUUCAACGAUAUUCUCAGUCGCACCGAGGACAGUGUGACGUAUCGCAGGAAUCGUUAUCGCCAUAUAAAUUUUUUACCCUACGGAAGUGUUUCUCCGAACAUUCUAAACCAGACAAUUGUGCAAGUCAACGAUAAGGCUAUUCUCGACCGAUCGAAUACUCUCUUUUCUUCCAUAAGCGUCUAUGACUUCCUCCACAGCAACUUUGACCCAUUUAAUAACGCAACUAAAGAAAGAGAAGAAGUCUUUACCGUCAAUAUUGGCAUAAAGCAUGGAAUGGAGAACUUCUUUCGAAUACAGACUCUCAACGGAGAGUACUCAAUUAAGACCUACGAUCGAGCAAAUUCCAGUAGCAGCUGUUCCAUCAAUGUGAAAGGAGCAUUUGACAAUUCACUCUUUCCGCCCUUCAUCACGAAGAAUACCUCCCUGAAUAUAUUUGUCAGCGAAUUGUGUCGUGUUAUCCCGCUUCAUUAUCAACGGGAAGAGACGAAACAGGAUCUCAAUGGUUAUCGUUAUGUGCUCCAGCGGCCCAAUGAGAAGGAAUGCUUACCUGUGGAAAACGGCAAGCCAUUGCCCAAGGACAUGUAUGAUAUGUCAAAGUGUGUGAACAACGACAUUCCAACUGCCUUCUCGGCACCGCACUUUUAUGGCAGCAGCUAUAAUUGGUCGGAGAAUUUCGAGGGCCUCAAUCCCAAUGCUGAAGAGCACGAAGCUUACAUCUUGUUGUUACCCAUGAUGGGUAUACCGAUCAAUAAUAAUCUUCGAUUCCAGUCGAAUAUGGUCUUGCCCGACUUAAGCUAUUUGGAUAAUAAGCUGAGUCAUCUCAGCAAUAAGAUUAUGCCUAGAUUGUGGUACGACUUUGAAAUGGGUAAACUACCGUUUAUUGUGCAUUUUGUGAUGUACACUAAUAUACUGCAGCGCAUGGUGAUGAUUCUACCUCCUCUGGCCGCCCUUUGGAGUCUUAACAAAAUCAUUAAAAUACGUCGACAAUUUAACUACAAGACCAUCAACAACACGUAUAAUCAGCAGAAGGCGAACAUUUAAUUUCUGCCUUCUUUAAUGUCUUUUGUAUCUACAAAUCAUUUUUAAGAAAAUUCCAUUACUAAA